UGCAUAUUAUGAACUAGUACGAUAGAUCAAAUUUUAAUCCGAUUUUUUUCAAUAUAAUUUAAACAAAUCUGACAAUGUCGAUUCGCCACAUUACAAUGAUCUGCAUCUCAAUAUACAAUUGAACUGUCAGUAAUAAAACUAAACACAAUUCCACGCAAGCGUGAAUCGCUUUGAAGACUUGCUCUCUGGUGUUCAACGAAAGUAUUGACUGGUUCGGUGUCAUUUUUGUAAAACCCACAACACUGUCAUCAUAGGUACAAACAAAAUUUAAUGAUAUCUUGGUUAUUAACAACUGUGUGAGGAGCAUUCUUCAGUGUUAAAUAACUUUUGAUGGCUUCCAGUCAAGAUUUUACCGAAGAAAUUCUCCACGGAAAUGUCACCUUCACCAAUAAGAUUUACCAAAUCCUUGCCCGGAAACCCGGAAAUGUGUUCUUUUCUCCGUUCAGCCUUCACAUUAUCGUCGCCAUGGCGUACCAAGGAUCACGAAACGUGACUCUAGAAACCAUCCAAAAAGUACUUCAAAUUCCUGACCCCUUAAGCACAGCGAUUGGUUACCAAGAAAUAACGGGCAACUUGACAUCAUUAAAAAACGUACUUUUACACACUGCUUUCAAAAUUUACCUUCGAAAAGAAUUUCAACUUUUAUCGUCAUUCGAAAACACGGUCAAAGAAUAUUUUGAGUCUGAAGUGGAAGCCUUGGAUUUUGAUGAAACGAGCGCAACAGUCGAACAGAUAAACGAAUGGGUCUCUGGAAAAACACACGGAAAAAUCAAGAAUAUAGUGAAUGACGAUUUGAUAGCUUCUACUUCUUUGCUUCUUCUUAACGCGAUAUAUUUUAAAGGCAACUGGGCUGUACCUUUUUCUGAAAAUAAGACUAAGGUGAGAUAUUUUUAUCUGAACAAUCGCGAUGUAGUGAAAGUGCAGAUGAUGGAAGGUCGGAAACAUGGUUUUUACAACGACAAUAAACAAUUAAAGUCUCAAAUUCUCGCUUUGCCGUAUGAGGGUAAGGAGAUCUACAUGGUGAUCUUCUUACCAGAAGAUAAAAAUGGGAUUGGAGAACUGGAAGCUCUCCUAUCUGAAACGAAUCAUACUGAAAUUCUCAAGCAGUUGAAUCUUGUAACAGUGGACGUGUCUUUACCAAAAUUUAAAUUCGAGACGACCAUGGAGAUGGAUGACUUGAUAAAAGAGAUUGGACUUGAAGUGAUUUAUGACGAAAAUGAAGCCGAUUUUAAAGGGAUGAUCGAUCUCGAAGAGGGAGAGAAUUUGUGCAUAACAAAAAUACUUCAAAAGGCUUGCAUUGAUGUUAACGAAAAAGGAUCAGAAGCAGCUGCUGCUUCAGCUGUAGGGGCGAUUGUUCUGUAUUCUAGUAAAAGGAGGAAACAGAAAAUUUUUAAAUUUGUUGUGGACCAUCCUGCCGUUUUUAUGAUUGUUGCCGGAUUGUUUGAAAAUCCAAACGUUUUAUUUUAUGGAAGACUCUCCCACCCUGAAGAAGUAACAAGUAGUGAUAUUUUGAGUGAUUUGGGAAAUUUCAUGAGAAACCCCAUAAUAACCAUAAACCGACUUUUCUAAAUGUGCUAAAACAUCCCCGCGCUAGAUUGGGCAUCGUUUCAACUGCAAAGUUAUUAAAACGAACUAAGAUCAACUUUGUUUUUUUGUUCAAAUCAAUACAAGCUAUGUAUUUUUAUAAAAUAUUGUUUCUUAUUAUUUAAGUAACCUACUCUCACU